CUCACAGAUCGCCAUCUUGCUUCUGCCCUUUCAGCCCACCUAUCUAUUCGACCACCCAUCUACAAGCCUACUUUUAUAUCAUAUUACAUUCCUGCUAGACGACCGCUCGUUCCUUGCGCUAGUCUCAGUACCCUCACAUCUCUCUUAGAACAUCUCUCACUUCAGACAAUGAGCCCUACCAUUUCCACCACUACCAAAGCCUCUACACAAACACGACGACAGUAUCCAGACCGCUACGCUCUUCCUCAUCGCAAACGUACAAGAUAGACACAGAGUGACCUCAAUAUCAUCUGGUCGGUUUCUGUUUCUCUGUUCGUUGACAGCACAAUCUGAGCGUUCUGCAUUUUCCAUAUCUGUCUUCAAGGUCCACGGGCUGCCGAUUCAUCAAGCCCGAUAACAUACAAGCACAAUGUCUGCCGUCGAAAUACCUCACCAAUCCCAUGCUCGAUCCACUCGCCGAUCUGGAAAGAAACAUCACCAGAGCAACCCUCAUGACGGCUUCGUUUCUGAUUUUGGCGCAUCCACUGAACACCAGCGCAACAACUCUUCCGCUAAUGGCAAUGCGACAAGAAACGCCGAUAAAAGUCAGCCCAGAAAGAAUUCGCAGGCACAUAACAACGCAUCUACCGGGAGGUCUGACAAAGCAAAAGCGACGCCUAUGAAGCCAGCCGCGUAUGCCGGAGCAACCUUUCAACAGUCACCAGCCGCAUCAGCACUUCCUCUACCGAGUUUCUAUUCCAAAUCAAUGCCUGCAACCGACUUACUCCCCACUCAGCUCAACGGCUAUGCGACUGUGAACUCUCAAGCUGCGUCUAACCGGGUGGAUGACUCGCCGAGCAUGCGAGAGACGACUCCUUGUGACUUCCUCUUCGAAGCGGCUCGUCAAGCACGAGCAACUCCUAGAGGCGACACACCUGCAGCACGUGGCGGCAAUUUAUCUGCUCCAAAUGGAAGUCCGGCUCCGAGGUCACCAGGCACUCGCGAGGGCGAUUCUAUGUUUCCUUUCGAACUUGACGGAGCAUCGGCUGCCGGAGAGGAUGGAGGCUCUUUCGCUACGCCAUACAAAGAGCGUAUCGAGGCUGUGAAAUCUAUUCGGUCGACAUCAUCUCCAGGAAAGGCUAUGGACGAGAACCACCGCAAGGCGAAGACUGAAGCUUUGAAGAAGCUCCUCAUGAAGUCAAGCGCCAAUGAGAACAACAUGAAGUCUGCAUCUGAUAUGAACAACCCUUUCAAUGCCAGAGCUCCAGCCCAGCAAGUUUCAUACCCGGCUCAAGGGCCUUCCCUUGGGCGCCGUCCUUCCGGGUCAACAGCGACGUAUACGCAAGAACAGUCUGGCUACAAUCCUUCACCCAUGCUCCAGCAGAUGCCCUACCACUACCCACCUGCGCAUAUGCAAACGCCAAAGAGACCCAACUCUUCUCGGCUGAGGAACGUAUACGGAGCGCAAAGCGAGCCAGAGUAUGCUGAAUUAUCUUCCGACAGCGCCGUCACACCACCAAUUUCGACACCACGAAAGCAAACUUUGCAACGUGCACAGCAAUAUAGCACUGGGCCAAUCAGUCCGCCUUAUCCGAUGCAGCAGCAGCAGCAAAUGCCAGCUCAUCGUGCAAAGCCGAGUGCACAACAGCUGGAGGAUGAUCUGCGCCGAGUUUUGAAGCUGGAUCUCACGACUAGGGGAUGAGAACGUUUAAAGGUGAUGGAUGGAUUUGAAGAUUUUGGUUCGGUAAAUGCAUGUCUCCUUAACGACAUGGUGAUUGAUGUUUGAAGGGAAGCAUUGUGGACCAGGUUUGGAAAUCUUAGAGAUGAGAAAAGCAGAACAGGACAUUCUUUUGAGACGGAUCUCAUUUGUUUUGAUGUUGUCAUGCUGGCUGGCUGGCCGGUCAAUUUAAUGAACUCUCUUUAAUGCUACUAGUUUGAUAAUGUCACUCGCUUGAAAAUGCU